CUAUCGUAGCGUUCAGCGUGCGAGCACUGUUUUUUCUAUAGAAGCGGAGAAAUUUUUUGUAAAAAAUGGAUUUCAAUGCCACCGGCAAAUGCCAAAUUGUGCUGCAAACCUACCAGUAUAAAAUGCAACACAUCAUUUGCCGCAUCACUGUGCGGCCAAAAAUGGUCAUCCAUUGUGGCAAAAAAUUAAAUACUUACCACUGGAUGACCCUUGCCAGCUGGAUUGAAGUGGAGAGUCGCCUGUGGGGCCUGUUCGAGAAGCAGAAGCAGCAGCCGGUACAAACUUUGCACGCGGGGCUCCUCAUAGGGAACAUAAAAUUGCGAGUCGAUUCCACAGAAAAUCGUCACUCAUAUUCCCAUAAACUUUUACCUGGAGCUACGCUCUCGGAAGAUGAUUUGUAUUUGAAUGUACAGCUCGAAUUUAUUCCGCCAGUAGAAGCUACUACCCCUAUGAAAAAGGGAAUCGACAGCGCCGACAAAGUCCACGAGUUCGCAACUUCAAAAGCCAGCGUUCAUGAUGCGCAAAAACGUAAACAUGGGCGUUCCAGCCACGGCCAGGGUUCUCGUGAAAAUAAAAAAACCAAACAGACAAGAAAAGCUCAGGGAUCCACAUCUGAAGAUACUGAGAAAGAAAAUUACUCGAAGCGCAGUCACUCAUCACGUGAAAAUAAACCAACCAAACGGAAGCAUAGCUCACGUUCAAUUGACAAAAAUGUAAAACGGACUCGCAAGACGAGCAAGUCUGACAAAAAAAUGCACAGCUCUCAGAAAUCUAUUGCACAAUAUUUUGACAAGGAUAAAGCCUCGACGAGCGGUCGCUCUUCAACCAAACGGUCGCAUAAACCAGAAUCGGAGAAGAAAAAGACGGCUAAAUUGGAUUCUGAUAUCGUGAAGAAAGGCACUGCCAAAGAGAAUGCUAUUAAUAUUAAUAUCCGUGCGCUCGCUGCACUUGCAAAUAUUUUAGCUAAUGCUCCAGCUCCGCGUCAGGUGGACAUUCUUCUAAUGAAUGAAAUGGGCAAAGAAGAUGUAUUGAAUACAUUCUCCAAGUACAAAAGCGACCUGGAUCAAUUCUUUGCUGUGCAUCGCACAUUUAGAACUGAUCAUUUUAUGACUAUACAGCAUGUGCACAUAAUAGACAUAGUCAAACGCAACAUAUCAGAAGCCAUGCUCGCAAAACUGGGUGAAGUGUAUGGCGGCGAAACAUCAUAUGCAUCGUUGUUGAUCAACGCUCUAUUGCCAUUGUGGAUUGUACGUCUCUUUAUGGACACAUUCCACUUUGGUACUGCUGAGGCGGCAGUGCGCCAGAUCAAGGACCAAUUGGCGUACGGCACACACAUAAAGGCCCUAAAUAACGAGCCCCUAGAAUCAGAUUUGGAGAUGUGAUGUGACGCUGUUUCUCAUUCUCAUACUCAUUCCCAUAAAAAUAAGAAGAAUACAAUACAUCUCGAAGCAGGUUGUGAUGAGCAAGGACAUGCUCUUUUUGUUUACGUACAUAAUAACAUAAUUACAUAAGAAACCGCCCCCAAAUAUAUAAAAAACACAAUUGAAUAAAUCUGUGAAUUUAAGUGU